AUUUGCAGACGGUAUCGUGGGUUUUUAGUGAAAACAACGAAUGAAUAAAAACAACAGAGAUGGAAAUGUACAAAUUUGUUAAUUAAGCAUCGAGUGCUGUACAUUUAUAUUAAUGGCCUAAAGAUGACAGACUAAUGUAUGACACUUUUACCAAGAGACCCUGACUCUCAUGGCUAAACACAGAGCGGAAAGGUUGACUACCGGUAACCGGUGAUUGAUAUAAAUAAUUCUCACAAGGAUCUGCUAUUUACAUUCAAAACACAUGAACUCUUCGUGUCGAGAGGAAGCAAUAGCCGAACUUACAUCUGGUUCGGUUUGUGUCUUUAUCACAACCCUAUCGUCACGAUGAAGACGGCGGCCUCUCCACUUAUACUCCUGCUGUGGAUAUUCUCUGUGAAUUCCAGGGAACUGACACUCCCUGCUUACAACCUCAGAUCAGCCUCAAAUCACAAAGUCAUGCCCCUCCCUGCAGCGACAGGGGGCAAAGCCGUGUUGGUAGGACAGAAGGAACCGCUGUCUCUAAAUGUAUGCAUUAGGAAGAGGUCAAGGGUCAGUUUGGAUAAUCUCAGAUAUUCUAAUCAUAAUUCCUCCACGGUUUUCAACGUGACGUUUAACAGUGGAGAGUGGAUGGGCAGAUAUCACGCUCGACCCGACGAUGACUGGAACUCGUUCAAAAAUACGGGUAUAUUUCCGAAAAGCUACAUGCUGGAGCCGGGCUGGCACGUCAUAAAAAUAUACGUGGAAGAUUUUCAACACACGUUCACAGAGGGAAUCGUUGUGGAUAAACUGGUUUUUAAUGUGGAUGAUCCGUGGAUGGAUAAUGACGUGUUAUCGUGCAAAAUCAUAUGCACGGAGAAAAAUAAUUUUCCAAUCAAAAUACCGCUGUUGACCAGCAAUUCUUUUCCGUCUCGGAUGGAACAGCGGUCUUUUCCUACCGAGUGUGCUGAAGUGGACAAUGUGGAUAUACCCUUGUACAACGCUUUCAUAGACAGCUUCACCAUAACUUCCUCUCUCCCCCAGUACAAGUCCUUCUCCAACAGGCGAACAGAAAAUACCACUAAUUGUCCGCAUUUGAGCGCGGAAUUGUGGCGGUUUGAUAAUUUCACUUUAGGACCGUCAUCGUCCGAAGUGCUCCACAGUAAAACUGCCAGAAUGUCAUUUUAUUCGUCAUCAGCAAACCAAUUCAUCGUCAUCAUUCGCUUUUACUUAGAGGGGCAGAAAAAGGGAAGCGUGGAUUCCAAAAUUGGGUCGCUGCUAACACUGGGGUUAAAGACUCUAAGCGCUCCGAUGACAGUAGCAAUGCGAUACAAGGAAAAAUGGGGAAAUUUAUCCAAACCAGAAACAAAACAAUUCGAUAAAAGCCACCUACAACAACUAUGGCAAAUUCCUGACUUUUCUUGGACUGAAGACAAUCUCAACUACAUCAUUCUUACGGCAGAUUCCGCAAAUCUGGAUUCAGUUGUUGAUAAUUUGCGUUUGGAGAAAAGACCGUUCAAGCCCGAGACACAAAAAACUAUUUACAAGAGUGAUGACGUGCAUAUAGUGGCUGUCUAUGUAGAAAUGUGGUGGCUCUCUCCCGAUAGAAUGAGUGUCCAUCUCCCCAACGGUCAGACCUUUGAGGGCGUGGCCUAUUUACAGGUCUAUAGACCCAUUCCAUGGAACGAUGGAUAUUCCCAAGUGUUUGUUCUGUACCAGGAUGGAAACGCUCGAUUCAUUCCCGUGACCCCGGAAGGACUGGACUGGAUUCCGUUCGGUACCUCCGUUAUUCUCGGCCAGACGUACAGCGACUCGAUACGACCUUAUACCUCGAUCCAACAACUGGACAUUGACCCGGAGAGGUGGUCCAUGCGUAUAUUCUAUAAAGAUGGCGGUUCGAUGCUACUGAACAUCAACAGUACCUAUAGCGAAACUCAGGUCCAAGUGUCAAAGAUAUUCUUCACGAGGGAUAGGUACACGCUUCCGUUUGCGACUAUCCGGUCCAUGUACGUUGCUGAAGGGAAUACUGAUGUUGAUAGUGUCAAGGUCGAUGAUAAGCAAACAUAUCACGUGAUGGACCAGUGGGGGUACGUGCAAGGCAGGAGCUUCGCUUUCUAUCGUAGUUGUAUCUCGCGGCAUUUAACAUUAAGUCCCGAUAUUCAAAUAGAUGUGCUGCAAACAAGAAUAACUUGAAUGAAAAAAAUGUAAAAGGAUUGACCUUUUGAGAAAAUGCACUUUCAUCGCGUUACGGUGACGUUGACGAAACGGGAACCUGUAUUCUGCUCGAGAAGCAUGUAAUGUUUGAAUUUGCAUACUUCGUUCUUCUGAUGUAGUGAACUGAUUAAACUGUUUAACUUUUAAAUUUUGUCAAAAGAAAGCCGAGACGACAUGCAUGUUAAUGAAGGAGGUGUUUAUAAUAGCUCUAGGCUAUUGUAACGAAAUCGGUACAAAAGUAAUGAAGGAAAAAUGACAUUAUCUCAUGUACAUUGUAUAAUGAUUUAUAUGUUAUAAUAAAUUACAGAAUAUUAUAAACAAAAAUCACAGAUGGUGGAAAAUCAAAUUGUUCAACCUAUAGCUAUCUUACUUAAUUUGAUUACAAACAUUCAUUUCAUCUUUGUUAUAAGUUAUGUUAUCAUCAUAAAAGAAAUUUAAGCAGUGAAUUAAAAUGUCCACAGUUGUUUUUUUUUUCGUUUUUAGAAUUUAUUUUAAAAUUCUGGCUAUGUCAUGUACAUGUCAUGUACAUGUAAUGUCAUGCAAACGGGAAAUAUCUGCAAGAAAUUAAACAAUUAUAGGACAUGUCAACAUCAAAUAAGAUUGGUAGAGAUCAUUCCAUUUGUAAUACAAUUUCUUCUUCUUAAACAUUUAUGUGCUUUUGUAAGGUAUUUUUACUAGCAAUAAAUUAAUAGGCAUUCACGUUAACAUCGCCCGAAAUAAUUUCAAGAAAAUUGUACACAGUGACGCAAUUUCUUGGCUUGAUUAAGCACAGUCUUUUGUGACGAAUUUCUUAAUGAAUUGCAAAAGCACACGUCUCAUAAUUUGAAAUACUAGUGUAGGUUCAACACACAUCACUAGUGUAUAAAGACAGAAUUAUGAUGUCUCAUUGAAAAGCAACAAGCAAAACAUUUGCUACUUUACUCUGUCCCGAGUUUUUUCUUCCACCACUUUUUGCUUGAUAUUUCAAUAAUAGUAAAUACCUUUGUGCUCAAACUACGUUCAUCCACUAAUAUGAAAAAUAUCCAGAUUAUCUGUUUUAAACCGCCCCCUACCGCUUCAGGUUUCAAUACAGAUCCCAAAAUUGAAAGUCUACGGAGAUUUUGCUUUGCAUCAGCCAAUAAUAAGCCCGGAUGAUAACGUUAAAAAAUUGCGCGAUGUAUUCCGAGUGUAUUCCGAAUGGAGAAAAGAUGUAAACAUUUCCCAUUAUAAAUCUCCGUAAGAAAAUUGUUUUCGUUCCUGUAAAAUUUUAUGAGUGAAAAGGGAUAAUUGUUCAAUGAAGAUAUCUUGGAUAUAUUCCCUUUCAUCGAUUUUAGUUGUAUUUCUUUCACAGGUAUGUGUAUUUUUAUUAAAAAUCAU